AUGGCUCCAACUCUACUGGACAUGGCUCAAAUCUUUGGGUUCAGGCCCCAUGGGAGGCCUGUAGAUGCUGUUGGUGACUAUCACAGGAGGAAGAACCAUGAGAAACUGUCUAAUCCGUUCACUAUCUCUCCAGCUACGAUCAACCAGAACUAUUCUUUCUCCAAUUACUUAAGAAAGUUUAGUGUUGAGAAUGACAAGAAUCAGCAGCACAUGAUGUUUCUCCUGUAUUGGCUGAACAAAUUUGUCCUCCCAAAUUGCUCAUCGGCAGUUCUGCUUGAAUAUAGGCAUCUGGCAGAAGCGCUUCAUAACCAUAGUGAUGUGGGGCUUGGCCCUACAGUUCUGGCUCAUCUUUUCAAGAAUUUGCAUACUCCCACCUUGGAGAAUCCACUGAAUCUGUCUGCUCCUGGCGCAUUCUGGAUGAUCCAGAUCUGGCUGCAGGUUUACUUCCAAGAGCUGAGGUUUCCAGAUGUAGUUCUGCCUGAAGACCAGGUUCUGGCUCAACGACUGAUAUCGGCAGAAGUGCCCAAGCGCUCCAUUGAAGAGUACCUGAUGUUCUUUAGGCACUGUACAAAGAGGUCAGCAGCUCAAUGGCAAGUGGUGAUCAGAAGAACAUAUCCUUGGUUCCAGCCUGGAUUCAGAUUGUUUGAGAAGGAACUAGAGGAAGAAGCGGCCAGAACUGACUUCAGGAAGAAGUUCCUGAGCGUCACCCUACCCAGAGAUCUUCCCCAUGGAGGGGGAAAGCCUCUUGAUUAUCACUUGGGGGCAGAGGUCUAUCACCCCAACUUCUGUGCAAGGCAGCUUGGAUGCCCUCAGUUCAUCCAGCUUAAGUCCUAUAGAAGCUGUAAUUGGGACACUUCUUGGAGGGACCUGGAUGAUCUAGAAGUGCAUAAGGAUACUAGGUGCGUAGUCAACAAGAUCAAUAAUAGUGCAUAA